CUGGAAAGCUGUGUAAAUGCAGUCGUGAUGUCUCGGGAGACGGAUGUGGAACGUCAGCAGUCCCAUGGCAGCAGCGCCAGCUCUCAGUCCCAUGGCCCCUCCUUACAAGGCUCAUCCUCACAGUCCCAGGGCACAUCCAGCUCUACCAGCACAGUGCCAUCGUCCAGCCAGUCCUCUCACUCCAGCUCGGGGACGCUGAGCUCCUUAGACACAGUAUCCACUCAGGAACUGUAUUCUAUUCCUGAGGACCAAGAACCUGAGGAGCCCCUCCCUGCCCCUUGGGCUCGAUUAUGGGCCCUUCAGGAUGGAUUCUCCAAUCUUGAUUGUGUUAAUGACAACUACUGGUUUGGGAGGGAUAGCAGCUGUGAAUACUGCUUUGAUGAGCCACUGCUGAAAAGAACGGAUAAAUACCGGACUUAUAGCAAGAAACACUUUCGGAUUUUCAGGGAAAUGGGUCCUAAAAACUCUUACAUCGCAUAUAUAGAAGAUCACAGUGGGAACGGAACCUUUGUAAAUAGAGAGCUUGUAGGGAGAGGAAGACGCCUUCCUUUGAGUAACAAUUCUGAAAUUGCACUUUCAGUGUGGAGUAACAAAGUUUUUGUAUUUUUCGAUCUGACUGUAGAUGAUCAAUCAGUUUAUCCCAAGGAAUUAAGAGACGAAUACAUCAUGUCAAAAACUCUUGGAAGUGGUGCCUGUGGUGAGGUGAAGCUAGCUUUUGAGAGGAAAACAUGUAAGAAAGUAGCCAUAAAGAUCAUCAGCAAAAGGAAGUUUGCUAUUGGCUCUGCAAAAGAGGCAGAUCCCGGUCUCAAUGUUGAAACAGAAAUAGAAAUUUUGAAAAAAUUAAAUCAUCCGUGUAUAAUCAAGAUUAAAGACUUUUUUGAUGCCGAAGAUUUUUACAUUGUUUUGGAAUUGAUGGAAGGAGGCGAGCUGUUUGACAGGGUGGUAGGGAACAGACGCCUGAAAGAAGCUACAUGCAAACUUUUUUUCUACCAGAUGCUCCUGGCUGUACAGUACCUUCAUGAAAAUGGUAUUAUACAUCGGGAUUUAAAGCCAGAAAAUGUUCUACUUUCAUCUCAGAAAGAGGACUGUCUUAUAAAGAUUACUGACUUUGGGCAGUCCAAGAUAUUGGGGGAGACCUCUCUCAUGAAAACCUUAUGUGGUACCCCUACUUACUUGGCUCCCGAGGUUCUUCAUUCCUUUGGGACUGCUGGAUAUAACCGUGCUGUGGACUGCUGGAGUUUAGGAGUUAUUCUUUUUAUAUGCCUUAGUGGGUAUCCACCUUUCUCUGAGCAUAAGACUCAAGUGUCACUGAAGGAUCAGAUCACCAGUGGAAAAUACAACUUCAUUCCCGAAGUCUGGGCAGAGGUCUCAGAGAAGGCUCUGGACCUCAUCAAGAAGUUGUUGGUAGUAGAUCCAAAGGCACGUUUUACGACAGAAGAAGCUUUAAAACACCCGUGGCUUCAGGAUGAGGAUAUGAAGAAAAAAUUUCAAAAUUUGCUUUUUGAAGAAAAUAAGUCAACUGCUCUACCCCAGUUCCCAGCCCAGCCUUCUACAAGUCGAAAGCGGCUCCUUGAAGGGGAGCCGGAGGAUGCUGGCACCACAAAGCGCCUGGCUGUAUGUGCUGCUGUCUCGUGAACACUGGUUGAAUGUGAAAGAAAUGUAACUUCUUGACUCUGCUGCCAUUUUCUUUUUGACUU